GGCUGCAGUCUUUACAAUAAAAGUACUACAAAUCCCAGAAGCCUUUGCAGCUAGCCGAGAUUGCAGUUUGCAGGUUGCUCUGAGCAGCUGAUGAAAAGGGAAAACAGGAAAAAUAGCAGCUCUCUGGCAGAGAACACAACACACCUGGUCCCCGGGCUGCAGAAAUAAUGUGUGUGGUAAUGAGGUGCUGAGAUCAUGGCUGUGGAAGCUAUUCAUUGCAGUCGAAACUCCAAUAAUAUCGACCACCCUACCAGCACGGACAAUAUCAACCUGAACCCCAAGGGGGAACACGCUGACUCACCCUCCGCUAAGGACACUUCAAAAGUUCCAGAGCUCAAGGGGACACCCAAGAAACUGCAGAGCGAGCCAAAUGCACCAAAGCCCAGUAGUGUUAAAGGAACCAAGCCAGUAGCGUUCUGGACCCAGCACGACGUAUGCAAGUGGUUGAAGAAGCAUUGUCCCAACCAGCAUCAGCUCUACAAUGAGUCUUUCAAGGAGCACGACAUAACUGGCCGGGCUUUGCUACGACUCACAGACAAGAAGCUGGAGAGAAUGGGGAUCUUCCAGGAGAGUCAGCGCCAAUACGUCCUACAGCAGGUCCUCCAGCUAAAAGUCCGGGAGGAGGUCCGGAACCUCCAGCUGCUGACACAAGGCUCCACUGAAACUGCUCCGUAAUAUGACAGCAGCAGACAGAAGUCAGAUCUACCCUCCUGCAAGAAAUCGCAAUCUUCCAAAGCUCCUGCACAAGAGCGCAGCUGCGGGACGUCAUCACCGGCCAAACGAGGGGAAGGCUGCAGCGCGCUAUUAAGUCUGUGAUUUAUCGCUGCCUGUAACGUUGUGGUUUAAUGCUCUGUCUGUUAUUAUGUUCCCCUGGCAUGCGUUGCUACUGAGCAUACAGCAUAAUUUUCUUGGAACUCACUGUGCGUAACUGCUACGGCUAAACAAUGCUCCGGCGAUCACAAUAGCAUGCACCACUCACACAGCACUUAUCGAAUUCCUCUCUUAUUAAACGCAACACGGUUCUAUUCCUUCCUCGACGCCCUAUUCACAUCUGUCAGACGUGUUCACAAAGGCCCAACGCUAAUCAGAAUGUAAAUUUUACAGUUAGUUCUCGUCUAAAAUGUUCCUUCCUAAUGUAACAAUUUGCACGGUGGCACAGAAAGGGAGCGAAACAUUGUACGGCAACACUCUAGCAACUAUCCUGUAUAGAGUAAUCACAUUUCCGUCUCACUUCAUAUACGAAUGAUCAGGGUUUCUUAUAAAAGCAUUUCCCAAACCUAUGUUUUAGCCAGUCAUCCUGCAUAUGCUUAAUGCAUGUCAGUUUUGGUGCAGAUGAAUGGUUCAAAAUGUUCCCUCCUGUGUCAGUCUGUUCUGACGACAAGCGAACUGUACCUGAAUUAUAUUGUGCACUUACAGAACAGGUGUAGCCAAGGAUUACUGGACGUGAUAUGAGGACACCCUAUACGGAUUCCUUUUUAUACUAUCUCAAGUUCCUUUAAGCCGCCUGUCUCACUACCCCUGCCUCAUGCAGCCAAGUGGUCGCAGGACUUCCUCAGCGCAAGAUCAGCGUAUUCAUACCAUUUGCUAGUAAGUUGUAGACCCAUCGUACGUUCGAUGCAGGUCUGCUCUGCCCCUAGACUGCUGUAACUUACCUUGUGCAAUACGCUAUGGUUUGUCCCUGCUCGCACUGCGCCUUUCAGUCUCAGGACUGACCGUGGUACAUUACUAUUUAUAAAGAACCAAUAUAUUACACAGUGCUGUACAUCAGUGACGUGCGGGGAGGUGAAUGGCUGGGGAGGCACACAUGGGGAUGGGUCUGAAUGCUGAGAGCCUGUCUCACCCCCUACUCACUGUAACUCUCCCCUCACUACACCACUGAGUCUCCUACCUGCAUCCCUGUGUCUUCUCCUGCUGCUGCUGCUGACUGAGCUCCGACUACAGUGCACUUCCCGGUCACAUGACACAUCCGAGUGUCCAACAGUGCACAAGGCCCGCCCCCACACUCAGAGGCAUGCCUCUAUUAGCUCCCUUUCUGUGCCUCAUCUCUCGUCUUCCUGCAGCACCAGGGUUUUCCACACAGCUGCUGAGUGUUAUACAAAGGAUUACACCAGGGGUGGGCAAUUAUUUCAGCUGAGGGGCCACUUGACAUUUCCUGUCAGUAUCCGAGGGCCACAUACAAAAUAGCAGCUCGCCCCACUUGCCAAAAAUAUAGGGACGUGGCUUCAUGUGGAAGGGGUGUGGGCAAAAAAUAAUACAGAUUAAUAUUAGGCUGCACAAUAGUCUCCAUUAUUCAAAUUGCGCCACACAGCGCCACUUACACACAUUACACCAGGUAGAGCCCCUUUUACACACAUUACGGCAGGUAGAGAGCCUUUUUACACAUUAACAUUUUAUUUAGGAUAAUUAUUGUGCAACAAGCAAAUUAUCCAGUGGCUUAUGGCCCCUGGGGAAAGGUGUGACACGGUGACAGAACACGGUAGGGGUGACACAGUGACAGAACACGGUGGGGGUGACACGGUGACCGAACACGGUGGGGGUGACAGAACACGGGGGGUG